AUGUUUCACUUCACCACGUGGCCUGACCACGGUGUACCUUCUGCUCCAGCUUUAUUGGGAUUCUGGAAACAAGUGAAGAAGGAAACAGAAUCAAGUGGGCCAAUUGUAGUGCACUGCAGCGCUGGUAUUGGAAGAACUGGAACAUUUAUUGGUCUGGACUAUCUCGUGGAUGAAGCCAAAGACACCAAAGUGGUCAACAUUUUCCAGUGUGUUAGAAAGAUGCGAGACAAUAGAGUUAAUAUGGUGCAGACAUCGGAUCAGUACAGAUUCCUUCAUGAAGUUCUCCUAGAAGCAAUUUCUUCCAUAGACACGUUUUAUACCGUUGAUUCUUUUAAGAAAUCAUUGCUCCACGGCGAUAUGAAGCUGUCUGUUCAGAAACGUCGUUUUCAGCAAGAGUUCAAUGAUCUGACACGUCUGAAAAUUCAAGUUUCUGAAAGAGAUGUGAUUAAAGCCACGUUACCUGAAAACAAAGAGAAAAACCGAUGCUUAUCUAGCUGCACCAACAGGAAAGGAUUCGUGGUCACACAGCUGCCUCUGGAGCACACGGUGAUAGAUUUCUGGAGAAUGGUUUACGAGCAGAACUCUCACACCAUUGUGUCUUUAACUGGCGGAACCACACACAAUGAUACUGCACACUGGCCUAAAGUUGGAGAAAUGAAGGCGAUUGGACCAUUCACAAUCAAACACCAAUCAACACUGAAGUCCAGUGGUGGAGUCACAGAAAUUAGUCUUACUCUACAAACAGACGCAGUUUACGAGAAUAUGGAUGGCAAGAGCUUGACUAUGUUCGUGUUAAACAAUUGGUCUGAGGAUAGUGGUCUCCCUUCAGACAUGUCCGAGCUGUUACUGUUUCUGGACAAACUGGAACGCCGUCGGGAGGAAACUGGCAAAUCCCCAAUCAUAGUUCAGUGCAUGGAUGGUGCAAAAUACAGUGGACUAUUUUGUGUUUUGUCCAACAUCAUUGAGAAGCUAAAACUCGACAAAGACGUUGAUAUCUUCGUCACCGUUCGAGACUGCAGUGAAGAAUACCAGUACUGCUACGGAGUUGUCAAGGAGUUUCUGAGGAGUCUUGAUACGCAGGAGAUCUUUGAUAUCCACUUUCUCGCAGACAUGACGGCGGCCGUUGAUAUGCCAGUCAAUAAGCUCUGCUUUGGACUGAAGACCAGAUCCAUCGAGGAGUGUGCCGUCCGGUCCUGUGCUGUGUUGUGCUGUGCUGUACUUGAACUGCACUGCAAAGUGGUGUACUGCACUCUGCUGUGCUGUGCUGUGCUGUACUGUACUGUGACUGUGUUGUGCUGUACGGUGCUGUGCUGUACUGCACUGUAA